GAGGAAGAUGGCGGCGGGGGCGAGGUGAGGUGUUGGCAGUAGAAAGGAGUUUGGGCGCGGGGGGUGGGGGGCCCCGGAGCGAUGGCCCGCGCCGGCAGCAGGGGCGGAUAAAAAGCUGUCGCGCCGCGGGUGUGGGAAGGAGGGAGAGGAGGGCGCCCGAACGCCACAAGAGUAUGACGGGGCUGUACGAACUGGUGUGGCGGGUGCUACACGCGCUGUUCUGCCUGCACCGCACGCUCACCUCCCGGCUCCGCGUUCGGUUCGGCACCUGGAACUGGAUCUGGCGGCGCUGCUGUCGCGCCGCCUCCGCCGCGGUCCUAGCGCCGCUCGGCUUCACGCUCCGCAAGCCGCCGGCGGUCGGCAGGAACCGUCGUCACCAGCGGCACCCUCGCGGGGGGCCGGGUCCCGCCGCCGCCCACCCGCGGCUGCGCUGGCGCGCGGACGGUUGUGCCCUGCAGAAGCUGCCUGUGCACAUGGGCCUGAUCGUCACUGAGCAGGAGCAGGAGCCCAGCUUCUCGGACAUCGCCAGCCUCGUGGUGUGGUGUAUGGCCGUGGGGAUCUCCUACAUUAGUGUCUACGACCACCAAGGUAUUUUCAAAAAAAAUAAUUCUAGAUUGAUGGAUGAAAUUUUAAAACAACAGCAGGAACUUUUGGGUCUGGAUUGUUCCAAAUACUCAACAGAGUUUGCAAAUAGUAAUGACAAAGAUGAUCAAGUUUUAAAUUGCCAUUCAGCAGUGAAGGUGCUGUCCCCAGAAGAUGGAAAAGCAGAUAUUGUGAGAGCUGCUCAGGACUUUUGCCAGUUAGUAGCCCAGCAGCACAAGAAAUCAGCAGAUUUGGAUGUAGAUAUGUUAGACAAUUUACUUCGUUCAAAUGGUUUUCCUGAUCCUGAUUUAGUAUUGAAGUUUGGUCCUGUGGACAGCACAUUAGGCUUUCUUCCUUGGCAAAUCAGAUUGACUGAAAUUAUCUCUUUGCCUUCCCACCUAAACAUCAGUUAUGAGGACUUUUUCUCUGCCCUUCGUCAGUAUGCAGCCUGUGAACAGCGUUUGGGAAAGUAAUGAUCACUGGUUGUGUAAUUUGAUUUCAGGCUUUAGAGAAAAGGACCCAAGUGACUCUGAUGUUUACAAAGCACCCAUGAAACCCUGUACACAC